GUUAUUGUAUGCGAUUCUGCCUGUGAACGAACCGAAAUAAAUCGAACGACGCGAAGUCGAUCAGCAGUACGGCGUUCGCUGGAUGUGAGCAUAGUAUUUCGUGUCAGUAAUGAUCAAAACGAACUGUCGCUAUCGCCGUCGUUGUUUGUGGCACUGUGCGAAGACGAAGCAGCCGUAAUCCGCUCAGUUGGUGCUCCGAACUCGCAAGAUAAAGAGAGGACCGAGAACUCCGCGUCGUCGUUGCUCGUUGCAGCGGUCACGGAUGCAUAUGGAGCUGAUUCAACUGUUGCGACAUAAAAAUAUCGAAGCCAUUAUCUCGGUUGCGCUCUCAAAUGCAGUUAUUCGAGCUGUUGCACAUGAUUCGUAUAAAACCGAUUUAAUCGUCAAACUAAAUGGCAAUGACAAAAUUUUUUACAAGGUGUUCCCGAAUCGGCGCUGUCUGAACCAGCUUAAUAGCUGAUCGGAGCACGAAGCGGCGGUGAACGGGGCUACUAUCGCACCACCACCCCGCGUUUCGGAGAAAUUCAGUCUCGUGUCUGCUAGAUAAAAAGAGAAAAAGAAAACACAAAUUUCAGGGGAUAAAGGAAACUGCAUCCUUGUGCUUGGCAAAAGGCUAGAAGAUAGGAACAAGGACAAAGUCCUCUCUCACUCGCUUGGAUACAUCAUCAUGGUGAAAACUUUUCAAGCGUACCUACCUUCUUGUCAUCGCACUUAUUCGUGCAUUCACUGCCGUGCUCAUCUCGCCAAUCAUGACGAACUUAUCUCUAAGUCCUUCCAAGGCAGUCAAGGUCGUGCCUAUCUCUUCAAUUCCGUGGUGAAUGUAGGUUGCGGUCCUGCAGAAGAGCGAGUUUUAUUAACCGGACUGCACGCUGUCGCUGAUAUCUACUGCGAGUGUUGCAAAACUACUUUAGGAUGGAAAUAUGAACAUGCGUUCGAAUCAAGUCAGAAAUAUAAAGAAGGAAAGUUUAUAAUCGAACUUGCCCACAUGAUCAAGGAGAAUGGAUGGGAAUGAACAGCCGAGGGGAAAACGGAGAAGUUCCCCAUGCCUCUCAUCAAAUUUUUCCUGAGAAUGCCUACAACGUUGUUCUAAUUGCAAUGUGCGGCCCCUUUCUAUUCGAACCACCAACGAAAGUCUGUGAUUUCAUUUGUGAUUUAUAAUCUUAGUAAUCUUCGUUUCGGACAAUUUAACAUCGGUUUGCUUCUGAUCAAAUCGAAUAAGCGAAGGUAUUUGCGGCGAUCCGUAUUCGCCGAUGGACGUAUCACCACGUAUAAAGAAAUUAUUUUUCAAAAGAAGAAAAUGAAAAGAAUAGAGUUAAAACAAUGAUGUUUAGUAACGGUGGAAUAUAAUGAUGAAGGUGCCAUGGUGGAUAUAAAGAAGCGAGAUUGCUCGGUACGAGCAGUGGGGUGCCCCUCCUUUCUAAUUUUGAUUCAUUAUCUUUGUAGACAUUGCGUGACAUCGUGUGUCAACACUGAAUGUUAAAAAUUAAACGCGCGGGGCACCCCGACAAUCAGUUUAAUCCCGUUUUACGCACCGGAAACAGCGCAAGUGCCACAAAUCUUGCCGGACUGAUUGUCUGCCUGCCGCGUCUGUCAUUGGAAUUUCACUGCCGAUAUUCCUAAUAUUAAUUAAGGACACUACGUCGUGUUUAGACGGCGUGGUAGUAGUUUUAGUUUAGCAUACUUUAUAGAACACUCUAAAGCCUAUGUUACAUCAUUAUAUGACCUCGUGGAUCUAGAAAAUAGGGAUAAA